AUGGCGCGCACCAAGCCACGGCCAGUCGGCAGGCCACGCCUAAAUGGCAAAGGCCGCUACCAGACCAAGCACAUCAAGAAGAGUGUCAGCGUCGCAAAGAAACUCGAGGUGUUGUCCUUCUGGGCAAAUGCGCCGAAGCCCAAGAUGAAACAUACAAUCGCCCAUUUCUGGCACGAUCUGGCCCCCGAGUUCUAUAACUCGAAGCGCACGAUGAUCCAGCGCUGGCGGCGUGAAUCGGCAAAGCUUGAGGCUACUAUGAAAAAUAGCAAAGGUAAACAUUUAAAGGAAGGUGUGCCUGUUUCGCCGCGCAUGCUGGCCCUACAAGCACGGCGGGUUGCAGCUGAAGCGGGCAUCAGGAACUUCCGAUCGUCUGACAAAUGGAUUCAAGGAUUCCGAGGCCGCCAUCGCAUGAGUAUGCGAGUUCCAACUCGUCAAAGCCAAAUCAGCCCCGAGGAUAUUGCCAAGGUUAAAGCGGAGUUUGCAACAGAAGUCGAGAAAAUGGCUCGGCAGCUGGGUAUUACGCGAAUCUACAAUGCAGAUCAGACAGUCUUCAAGAUGAAGCCAUCGAAAAACCCAGCCAUUGUCAAGGAGAACAACGAAAAACGAUGUGGCUUUGGCACGCGAACGUGGCCAGAGAUCAGGAAGCUGAUAGCUGAAACCGGUUUGCAGAUUUACGCCAACGGCAAAGAACCCGUGCUGCUCCUCUGGGAUGACUUCAGCGGCCACUGGACCGCUGAAGUGCUGGCUUACGCUGCAUCUAUUAGGGUGGUGCUGCUGAAGGUGCCUCCCCAUGCUACUUGGGAGAGCCUGAGCUCCGACACCAUCGCGAAUGGAUACAAGAAAUGCGACUUACACCUCAACGAGGAGUGCCUCGCCGCCGCGUCGCUGGUGGCAGAGCUGCAGAACCUAUCGCUAGUAGGGCCAGUGGCCAAGGCGGUCGACCAAACUCAAGACUUCGACCGCAAUGUCAUUCUGGACGAAGUUGUGGUGUAG